AUGCCAUUUUCCCCUAACAUUUUGAUUUUUGCUGGGUCUCCUCCAAGUUUGGGGAGGAAGACUGAAACUGCAUCCUCCUCCGCUUCCUCUUGUGAGAAAGUAGCAAAACUGGAAUCUAAAAUUGUGGCCACAACUACUCCGGCAAUUAACAGGGCAGCAGCUGAAGGGAAGAAAACUCUGAGAAAGGGCAGUGUUGUGGUCACUGGCGCCUCGUCUGGAUUGGGCCUGGCCACGGCUAAAGCUCUGGCCGAAACAGGGAAAUGGCACAUAAUUAUGGCUUGCAGGGACUUCCUAAAGGCUGAAAGAGCCGCCAAGUCCGCGGGCAUUGCCAAGGAGAAUUACACUGUCAUGCACCUAGACCUUGCCUCUCUUGAUCCGGCCGCCCACUCGACGUCUUGGUUUGCAAUGCAGCUGUGCAACACAAACACCCUGGCCUGCAAUGAACCUCCAAAGGCGAACCUAGGGGACCUGAGAGGGCUAGCGGGAGGAUUGAAUGCACUGAACAGCUCGGCCAUGAUCGACGGGGGAGAAUUUGACGGGGCCAAGGCAUACAAAGACAGCAAGGUGUGCAACAUGCUGAGCAUGCAAGAGUUCCACCGGCGUUACCACGAGGAAACGGGCAUCACCUUCGCAUCCCUCUACCCGGGCUGCAUUGCCACGGCAGGCUUGUUCCGGGAGCAUAUCCCCUUGUUCAGGCUCCUCCUCCCACCCUUCCAGAAGUACAUCACCAAGGGCUUUGUAUCGGAGGAUGAAGCCGGAAAGCGUCUUGCCCAAGUGGUGAGUGAUCCAAGCUCGACCAAGUUAGGCGUGUACUCGAGCUGGAACAAGGACUCUCCUUCGUUUGAGAACCAAUUGUCUCACGAAGCAAGUGAUGUCGACAAAGCUCGUAAAAUCAUUGAGUUUGCGAUCGUCUGCUUCACUAUGGGUCUCUUCUUCUCUGAAGCCGACGACGACAGGCUGUAG